AUGUCUGACAGAGAUGUCCUCUCCCUCCCCACUUCCACUGCCCCAUCCUUCCACUGUGACUACAGCGACUGGUCUCCCUCCUACUUCAUCGUCCCAUCUGUAUACCUGCUGGCCUUCCUGAUGGGUUGCAUUGGCAACAGCCUGGUGCUCUGGCUCUACCUGUGCCGAGGCGAGGGGGGCAGGUCCCUGACUGACUCUCUGAUAGCCAGUUUGGCCCUGGCUGACCUCUUCUUCCUUGUGACUCUUCCACUGUGGGCGACCUACACAGCCAUGGGCUACCACUGGCCUUUUGGGCAACCCCUCUGCCAAAUCAGCAGCUUCCUCACUGCCCUCAACAUGUACGCCAGUGUGUUUAGCCUGAGCAUGCUCAGCGUGGAGAGGUACUGGGUCCUGACUGGACGCCAGCGAUUCAGCCCCCACCUCCCACAGAGAUGUCCCAAUAGGGUUGUGUGGAUACUUGAAGGGGUUUGGGUUGUGGCUGGGACCCUGGCUCUUCCUGGGUUGCUGCUGCGCUCUAUCGGUAUCACCUAUCUAUAGGUGGAACUUGAGGACGAUGAGCUCAGAUCUGUUGUUCUGUCAUGCCAGAUGGAUUACUCCCUGCUGAUCGGAACAGAGCUGGAAGAGGCUGAAUCAGAAUGAGCAGAGAUGAGGUGGGCAGUUGCCUAGAGUUUAAAAUCAACUCUGAUCAGCUUCCUGCUGCCUCUCAUUGUCUUACUGUUUUGUUACUGUUCACUGACCCGGCUGCUCAACAGACACUUCAAACAUGGCCCUCAUCCUGACCGCAGGCGCCAGCGCAGGCUCCUCAGGGUCAUUGUCACUUUAGUGCUGGCGUUCUUUCUGUGCUGGCUGCCUCUGCAUGUUAAUAAAACAGUGUCCAUGCUGCUGGAGUUUGAGUUCCUCCCGUAUUCAUGCACACUGGACCAGACUCUGCUGGCUGUCCACCCAUAUGUCACCUGUUUGGCAUACCUCAACUCUUGCCUGAACCCUCUCCUCUACGCUGCUUGUGACCCAUCAUUCAGGAGAAGAUGCAGAAGAGCUCUCCUCCUGUGGUGCAGGAGAAACAACCAAAAGACAAAGCGUUGGGAGGGAGACCAAGAUAAAGAAGAUGAGAAAGAAGAAAGGAGCCUCACACAGACACAGGAGGAAACAUCUGGCAGGACAGCAGAUGGAGAGGAAGAGGAGAGGAUGAAGGAAGAAGAUAAGAAGUACAUUUUGUAA